GCAUCUGCUGGUGGCACUCUCAACUAUCAAGUCUCAAGCCAUACUCAACGCAUAUCUUUAUGCAGUUUAUACUUCGCAGUCUAUGGUGCUGUGUUACGACGAAAGUUGUUGAUCUUGAAUCUUGAUUGCUGAAAAUCUGGAAAAAUAUAAACGCUAUUAAGAUGGAUUUUUUGAAAGCUGAAAUGGAACGCAAGCGCAAAAUGCUGCAAGAUAAAGACAUUAUGCCUUCAACCAAAAAAUACUUCAGACGUGGAGAUCUGGUUGCGAAAGAGAAGGAAGAAUAUAUAAAAAAACAUGCAAAUUCAUUUGCAGUUAAGCUGUCUGAUGGACAAGGCCCUAGCAGAAUAGCUGAUAAUGAAGGAGGAGUUCUAGAGGAAGAUGGAGUAACUGUGGCGGUUCUUCCUAGAAAAGAAGUAAUUCGUAGAUUGCGUGACAGAAAUGAACCCAUUAUUCUGUAUGGUGAAUCAGACAUUGAGGCUUUCAGAAGACUUAGAAAAUUGGAAAUUUCAGAACCUGAAAUCAACAGGGGUCUUCGUAAUGAUUUCCAAGAAGCUAUGGAAAGAGUAGAUGAGGCUUAUCUGAAUGACAUUCUUGCCACCAAAAAAGAUGAAGAUGACCAGUCAGAUGAUGGUUCAAGCAAGCCCAAGGCUGGUGACGUAAAAGUCAUCGCAGAUGCAAUUAGUUACGAAGAAAUUUUAGAAUUGUCGAAAGAUUUGGGAAAAGGAAACGGUGAUUUGGAUUUGAAAAUCAUUAGCCAACUACUUAGAUUGCUGCUUCAAAUCUGGGGUCAAAAACUUAAUAGUCGUCCCGAAGCCGAAAAAAGAAGCGUAAAAGGUAAACGAGCUUCAGCAACUUACGGUCAGACGCAGCAGUACUUAAAGCCACUGUUCAAGAAACUCCGCAAUAAAAGUAUCCAGGACGAUAUUCUCGACAGUUUAACCAUUAUUGUUGGCCAUUUACUUGACAGAAAUUACGUCAUUGCAAAUGAUGCGUACUUGCAAAUGGCUAUUGGUAAUGCUCCAUGGCCUAUCGGUGUCACCAUGGUUGGUAUUCACGCACGUACAGGUCGAGAGAAAAUUUUUUCCAAACACGUUGCACAUGUUCUGAACGAUGAAACUCAACGUAAAUAUAUCCAAGGGCUGAAAAGACUGAUGACAAAGUGCCAGUACUUUUUUCCUACCGAUCCGUCUCGCUGUGUGGAAUAUGGAGCGACAGAGCUUGAAUUUUAAGCUGUUUCGAGACGACGAAUAUGUACUGCUACGUUUGCCUCGGGCACAUUACAUUUGUUUACGUGUCUUCACGGUUGUAAAUAUAUAAACGAAGUCCCUCGCU